AUGGCAUCCACCUCUCCGUUGGGGGUCGUCGUGGACAUCUGCCCAAAGGUCGACAACGGCAUGUGGUGCCCGAUGCACCCGGGGCAGAGAAACACAUUCGGCGUGUACAACCACUUCGACUUCGCCACGGUGCCUCCAAAGUUCGACAACUUCUACUUCGAGUUCACGCCCGAGCCCUGCGACGGUGAGAUGCAGUCUCGACUCCGGCGAAUGUCGAGCUGCGGCCUCUGA